AUGGCGCUAUCAUCUUCAUCAUCGCCAUGUUCAUGCUUUUCAGCUCCUACUACAACACUUGUUCCUCCUACACGCCUUUUCACUACUCAAUUCCACAGCAACACCAAACCCUACAUCCGUUUCCGGCGAACAAUUGCCGCCACCGCCACCGAUUCCACUCCGCCACUCUACUCUACCACCAGAAAAGGGCUUGACGGCGUCAACAUCGCCGAAGAUGUCACUCAGUUGAUUGGAAAUACACCGAUGAUAUAUCUGAACAAAGUUACAGAGGGAUCUGAAGCAAAGGUUGCUGCAAAACUUGAAUCAAUGGAGCCUUGCAGAAGUGUCAAGGACAGAAUUGGCUAUAGUAUGUUAUGUGAUGCCGAAGAGAAUGGAGCAAUUACGCCCGGAAAGACUGUUUUAGUUGAACCAACAACUGGAAAUACCGGACUUGGCCUUGCUUUUGUUGCAGCAACUAAGGGGUAUAAACUGAUAGUCACAAUGCCUGCCUCCGUUAAUAUUGAGAAGAGAAUUCUUUUACGCUCGUUUGGUGCAGAGAUUGUGUUGACUGAUGCAGAGAAAGGGCUGAAAGGGGCUGUUGACAAAGCCAAAGAAAUUGUCAACGCCACACCCGAUACUUACAUGUUUCGGCAGUUUGAAAACAGUAAUAAUGCAAAGAUCCACUUCAAAACUACAGGGCCAGAGAUAUGGAAGGAUACCAAGGGUAAAGUUGAUAUAUUGGUGGCUUCUAUUGGAACUGGCGGCACUAUUGAAGGGACUGGAAGUUAUCUAAAAUCGAUGAACACUAACAUAAAGGUGGUUGGGGUGGGACCUGCGGAUGGAAGUAUAGUCUAUACAAGUACAAUCGUAGGAGACAAUCCAGGUUCCGUAUCAAGCAUUUUGGAUGUCAAACUACUUGAUGAGGUCAUUAAGGUUACCAAUGCUGAAUCUAAUGAAAUGGCAAGGAAAUUAGCAUUGGAAGAAGGAUUACUGGUUGGGAUUUCUUCAGGAACUGCGGCAGCAGCUGCCAUAACUUUGGCAAAACGGCCUGAAAAUAAUGGAAAACUUAUAGCGGUUAUAUUUCCUAGUUUUGGUGAGAGGUAUCUUAGUACUCCCCUCUUCAGUUCCAUCUAUGAAGAGGCUCAGAGAAUGUAA